AGCUAUCAUUCUUUGGAUUUUUUUGGCAUUAAAGUCCUAUAUAUACAUGUACAUGAAGGCGUUCUGCUUGCCGGCUCUCUUCCUCGCAAUUUAACGGGAAAGCCGCUCACAAAACACUCCCCACAUCACCAAAGCCACAAGCAACAUAAGCAAGUCUUCUUCUGAUCCAGUGCUCCAUUCCGAUCCCAUCAGCAUCAUCAUCAUGGCUCAGCCAAUUCCAGCUCCAGCUCCAACUGUCGCACAGUUUGCCAACCCUCUUCCCGUAAUCUGCACUCAGUACUGUACACCUCAUACCGUUGAUCUGGCGGUUGUCAAAAAAGUCAUGACCAUAUCCGAUGGUAACUUUGUUGUCACAGACACCAAAGGCACCGUCAUUUUUUAUGUGAAAGAAAAAUUAUUAAUGUCCCUUCAUGAUCAUCGUGUUCUGUUUCAUGCUGAUGGAAAUCCUAUUGUCACUCUUCGAGAGAAGAUAAUGUCUGCACAUGACAGAUGGAAUGUGUAUAGGGGCAAAAGCAAAGAGCCCAAUGAUCUGAUUUUUACUGUUAAGCGAUCUUCAAUGAUUCAAAUGAGGGCAAAGUUACAUGUGUUCUUGGCAAAUAACACAAACGAAGAGUCUAAAUGGAUGGAAAAAGAUGAGGAAGAGAGAGACGAGUGUGUCUGCAGGAGGAGCAUUAAUGGCGAAGACAGGACCAUUAAAUAUUUCUCAGGGUAUCUUAAUUACCUGCCUUUAUCACUGAAAUUGUCUGUUCGUCCUCUUCACACUGCCUUCAUUGCUACCUCCAUCUGCCCCCCCAACUUCUAAGCUUACUUUUUUCUCUCCCUCUUAUCUCCUUCAACCCACUCCCCCAUAUCUCAUUUAUUGUUCUCUCCCUCUCCCUGUCUCACUCUCUCUCUGGGUCACUAAGUGCAGUAAAUACAUGUCGAGGUGAAAAUUAUAAUAUAUCAUCUUUUACAAAAUUUCACCAUAGACCCAUGAGACAAAAACUAUAGUUCCCAAGGGCCAAUAGCCGAAGUUUUGGACUUUCCAGAACCCAUGAAGGAUAAACUAUGGCAGAAGAUGCUAACGCUCGUUCUGUACCUCAUAACUGUACCUUGUUGAACUCAGAACAGAGUCGAGUUGACCCCAAGUCAAUAUGUCGUGGUGUUGCUGUGUGCAAAGAAUUUGGGUUUUAUAAUGUAGAAAUUGAGUGGGACUCGGCAUUAGUUGUUCAUUGGUUAUCUUCGAAAACUUACAAUAUUUGGUACUUAUGGGAUUUAUGGGAGACUUUGUUAGAGAAUUUGGAAGGAAUAAACUUUAAAGUUUUGCAUAUUU